GAUCUCGUGUCCACAUCCUAAAUCGCCGCCUUAAAUCGCCAGACUCUCAUCUCUAGCAGGAUUUUUGGUGCAAGGCAGGGGAUUUUCCUAAACCAUUUUACUUAGGGUUCAUGGAACCAAGGGCUUUCUUUGGAUUCAGUGCAGCAUGAGCCUAAAGUCCAGUGCAAGGAUCAAGAAGCGCCGCUCGGAGGCAGCGGCGGCCACGUAUCCGAUACCCUUAGCAUCGCCAGCGCAGGCCGGAAUUGGCAAUGCUAAUGGCAGCUCAUCCUCUACACCGAAUCCUGGAGCAAAUAUCACAAAUAACGUCGGUAAUGGUGGCUCAAAUCCUUGCCAGAGCUCCUCGAAGAAGCACAGUUUCGUCGGGCGCAAUCCCAACUUUGACACCGACGAGACCAAACUGCUCAUCCAAUUGUGGGGCGAUCCUAAGCUGCAGCGAACCCUCAUCACCACUCAUAAGAAGCACGCCGUGAUCUGUCAACUGGCCGCCAAGAUGCAGGAGUACGGCUACCACCGGUCGCCGGAGGAGAUUACCACGCGGAUUAAGAACCUUAAGUGCUUCUAUAACCGCUUGAAGAAGGACAAGGAGUGCGGCGGCCAGUCCACCGAUUCGGAGCCCAGUUGGAAACACUUUGCCGAGAUGGACGCUAUCAUGACAAGACCCAUCUUCAGUGUAAGACCCAAUGAGGUGCCGGCUCCUUCGCUCAAAUACCAACUGGAGCAGGCUCUAGAGGAGCACGCCGAGCGUCGCAAGCGACGGUUGGAAAACGGCGAAGAGUUGUCCGAAAGCGAUAACGAGGAGGAUGACAUGCUGCUCUCCGCCCUGGUGUCCAAGAAUAAGGAAUCAGUCAACAGUAAGGCACUGGAGGCUGGCUGCCUGGAGUCCGACCUGGACAUGAACGAGGAAUCCUUUUCGAAGCGCCGUAAACUCUCCGCCGAAGUAGAUGUGGAUAUAGGCGAGGCUCUGACUUCACCCUGCAUCAAAAACGAGCCGGCCCUAGAUGUGGAGCCAACGCCAGUAGCUCCUCCAGUGGAGCCCGAGCCGGAGGAGGAUGAUGACUGCAUGCUUCUGCCGCAGCCCAAGGAAGAGCCCAUCGAUGUGGAUGCCUCGGAUGAUUCGCCAAAUGAGAAGUCUUCUAGUUCCAGUUCUUCAUCCACUCUGGCUGACAUGUUGCAGCGGAACAAGCCCAGCAACCUGCUUCCCUUCACCGGGGCCAAUGUCAUCAUCCCGGCCAGCAUUACCACCACCACGGCUAGUGGUUGCUCAACCACCCUGAGUUCAACGAACACGCCGAGCAAACUGCAGGGUGGCAAGAUCUCGCUGGUGCCCACGAAUUUCCUGAUGCAAUCCAAGCUGCCGGCUGCCGCGGGACCAAGUCCCAUGACAACCGCCAAGGGAGCCGCUCCCCAGCUGCAGCUGCUACAGAGUGCUAUUAAUCAGGGCGCUCGUCUGAUGAUUAGCGGAUCGGCUGCAGCACCGGCACAGCCUAGCAAUGCCGGUCUGAUGGCCACCGCACCCGGAGGAGUCAAGUUUGUGCUGGUCAAUGCGGAGCAAGCCAAGGCGGCGGCCGCAGCUGCUGCUGUGGGCAAGUCCUCUGCCUCCUUGCCCCUGACCACUGCUCAAGCUCAGGUUCAGGCAGCGGUUCAUCAACAGCAUCAGAAGCUGCAACAGAGUCUUCAGCAGGAGCAGCAUCUGCAGCACCAGCAGCACGUCCAGCUGGAGAAGGAGGAGAGCCGCAGGGACAAAGCAAGGGAGGAUUUGCAAACGAAGCGGCACAUGACAACCAUGAGAAUCCUUCUCCGCCAGCUGCUGAACUCCCAAAACGAAGCCAACGAGAUCCAGCACAAUCGUCUUUCCUUGGAACGCGAGCGUUUGGACUGGGAGAAGUCCAUGGGCGACCGUCUUCUUAACUUGUUGCCGAGUCUCCUGCAACCGGCUCCUGUUGCUUCUCCAUGUUCCACUGCUCAACGACUGCAGCCUCCGAAACUACUGUUUACCACCGCUCUGCCGAUGGGCAAUGGCACUGUUACUAUGCCACACAUCCUAACAUCAAAUUCGCUGCCCAAGGUCAUAACAACCACAAGUUGCAACAGUGGCGUUGCGGUGGCAGGAUCGGGUGGAGGAUUGAUUGCCAGUGUGACCACCAAGCCGGUGGACAAUGACGUCCAAUUGGUCACGCCCAAGCAGGAAAAGGAGGCUUGAACCGAUGUGGAACUGGUCGUUUUAAGUGAUUGAUAUUAGAAACAUCUUUCGGUGAUCUCAAAGAAAUGAUAUUCUGGUCUUUACUUUAGUCUACUCUAAAAUGACUCUCCUAAUAAUAAACAUUGAACUAGUCUCUCA